AUGUCAUAUGCAUCCUCAAUUUUACUCUUUCUAGUAAUAACUUUUAUGAAAAAUACAGAUAGUACAAGCCAAAUGACAGAGAAGCCAUCAAGGUUAGUCCGGCUGAAUGGAUGUAAUUGUAAUGGCCUCGAAUGUCAAUGUUGUUUUAAUACUGAGAUUUCAAAUAGCCCAGAUCAUAAAGUGUGUGCCAGAUUUUCACUCAUACCAAAUGAAGUUACUCUCCGAGCAACCAUUACAGUAGACGGUACUAACAUCCUUACCAGACAAUUAGAUCCAAGCAUCGCUAGAAUUUGUUCACCGCCAAUAGUAGGUAUGUGUUUGGCAGUAAAUCACAUUAAUUUGCAACAAAGACAAGUUUGUACUAAGUUAUAUGCGAUUUUUCUUACUCUCGUAAAAUUCCCCUGUGUUGGUAUCGAAAAUGGGAAAUUAGUAGUGAAAGCUAACAAUUAUACUUGA